AUGCCUAUAGGACCUACCCUCCCACCUCACCUCGCUCGUCCUACGUCGGAGUCAGGAGAUGAAGAUGAAGAUGAUUAUGGUCCAAGUCUACCUCCUCAUCUUUUAGCUGCUCGGAACGCCCUUUCGAAAGAAAAUGAAGAUUCAUAUGGACCUACUUCCUAUCCUUCCAUUGGUCCUUCUCGAUCAUCAUCAUCAUCUAAACCAUCUAUAGGGCCUAUAGGACCAUCUCGACCAUCUCUUGAUAGAAGGGAAACGGACGAUGAAGACGACGACGAUGAGAUAGGUCCUAAACCUGAUCACACACCUGGAGUGGAGAAAAGUGCAGUGGAAGAGUUUUUGGAAAGAGAAAAAAGAAGGAAUGAAGCUUUGGAAGAUGAUGAUAAACCUAAAAAACCAAAAAGGGAAGAAUGGAUGUUAGUUCCUCCAACAUCUGGGGUUCUAGCUUCUGUCGACCCACUUCGUAAACGUCCUACGACAUUUAAUAGAUCUUCUAAAAUCACAGAAGUGGAUACAACAUGGACUGAAACUCCUGCUGAACGGAUACAGAGGGAACAAGAUGAACUUGCUGGUGUUCAACGUAAACGGGAUCCGGUACAUGUUCCUGGUGGAGCAGGGGAAGAUGUGAGGAAAAGAAGAAGAGAUGAGGAAGUUGCAGAAGAGAUUAAAAGACAUAAUAAAGAAAUACGAGGUCCAUCUUUGAUGGAACAACAUUCCAAGAAACCAAAGAAAGAAGAAGAACAUCCGGUCAUUUGGGAUAGAGAGAAGAUGCUUGGAGUAGGAGGGAGGUUAUUGAGUGAAAGUGAACGCGCACAGAAGAUCAAGGAUGCAAAAGGGUUAAACGAUCGAUUCGGACAUUCAAAACAAGGGGCCUUUUCCAUAUGA